ACACAAAUCUAGUAUUGUUAUUUUCCUUGUUACGUAUUUCGUAAUCUAAGUAACAGCCCUGUAUUAUUUAUGCCAGUUAUAGGCAUACAUACCAUCCCAGUUCCUGGUCGGGUUUUAUGAACACGGAGUUGGGAGUUACCGGUCUUAGGUUAUAUCGGCAACAAUAUUUCGACAUGAAUCGUGAAUCGACAAACGGUGGUCGUUUGAUAGUCUACUGACAGCACAGCAUUCGGGUUAAGUGUCGGCAAAUUAGAUGUACUUGUACUUUCAAUAGGUAAAAUAUAAAAGCAAAAUGGGAACAAGUACCAAGUGUAUUUCCAUAUCCAUACUAUUGGUUGUUGUUGCUGUGAUAUCAAUUACUCUUAUUGUGAAAUCUCUCAAAAAAUUAAGUUCUGAUGAAGUUGGAAUAAAAUAUAACACCAUACAGAAAACGUUAGAUGGUGAACCAAAAUUAGAAGGAUUGUAUACAGGACCACCAGGAUAUGAAUUCAUUAUCUUUCCUAAUACAUUCACCACUAUGGCUUUCCAUAAUUUAGCUUGCUUAAAUUCGGAUGGUGUAGAUAUACGAUUGCAUGUUCAAUACCAAUAUAAAGCUCAUACAUCAUCUAUGAAGAAAAUUAUUCUAGAGUUCAAAACCUUCACGAUUUACAAGGACGUUCUUAGUGACAUAGGCGAAGCAGCAUUACACGAAGCAUGUAGCCACUUUAACACGACACAGUUUCAAACAGAACGAGGCGCAUUUCAAGAAUUUCUUAGAAAGACGUUACACGAUCGAUACAGUAUUCUCCAUUGUUCAGUUACAGAUUUACAGGUCAAUAAUAUAGCAAGACCCGCAGCCUACGAGGCAGCCAUCAGAAGUAAAGAAAGGGCAAGAGAAGACAUCAAAGUCGCAAAAAGUGAAGAACCGCGUCGUUUAACUGAAGCUGAUACAGAAAUAUUACAAGCAGAAACCCAAGGAAAGAUAAUUAUGAAUAAAGCCGAAUCAGAUGCUAGAAUUAGACACAACAAAGCCACUGCCGAAGCUGAAGCGAUCAGAGCAGAGUUUCAAAAAGAAGGCGAAGCCUAUGCGUUUCUGUUAAAUAGCAAUGGUUUGGGCUUGACACAAGAAGGGUUUAUAUCAUAUUUAGGAUCUCGUGUAAUAGCAGCAGCUAAACAACCUGUUUAUAUUAGUCUAGGAACACCUGCCAAAACUUCAUAUGUUGCCAACCCUUAGUUGAGUAUAAGCAAAGUUACCAAUAGUUCGGCCCGUCCUCAUUAGCAGCAGAUUCCAUUUCCAAUAGUUCGGGGACUCUUUGAAGAAAACAAAACUCAUGGGUGUUUCUUUUUUGUUACAGAUUAUUGGUAUUUUUGUUAGCCCCCCGCCCAUAAAAAACAACAACUGUGUUUACGGUUACUUACCGGUCGUAUUGUCCCCUUUCUUCUCGUGGGGUUUGUGGGAAGUUUCUGUCAAUAUUUACUAUAUUAUACCAACAUGUAAUUUUGAGUGGGUAUAUAAACUAGGAAAUAAUUAUUCUGUAGGCUUUGUAAUAUUUACCAACAGUUGGUGCUGUUUGUAUAAACAGAUCUUCCGAAUAGGACUUCAAGACACACAGCAUAUUCUUAUUGCACUGAUACUUGUAAUCUCUAGUCUUGUCAUGUAACAUGUAUUUAAUAAACAAUAAGGUGUU